CUUAUGACUUUAUUCUCAAAAUAUUACGACUUUUUUUUUCUUGUAAACCUAUGACUAUACUCUCGUAAUAUCAUUAUUUUAUUCUCGAAAUCUCAGAUUUCCUUAAUGUGGUCCGUCGUACUUCAGUAUGAGUCUUAUUUUGAAAUGUAACCGGAUGUGUUGUGUUGGGUACCGGUUGUCUUGACACCGGUCCGAGCAGCAUCAGCAGGCUGUCAGCCGCAGCUCAGUCUCCACUUUGCUCGCACCAUCCAGGCGGGCAGCGAUGUGACAGAGCGACCGCUGCUUCAUCCCGUCUCGGGUCUCCUCCGUCCGCUCAGGAUGGAUCAGAGGAGAGCUGAACCGGACCGCGACACCAGCCCGGUCUCGCUGUACGGGGAGUUCACGCUCGCCGGUAACCCUAAAGUCCGGUGCGCCGUGAGUUUAACGGAGAAGGAGCUCAUCGUCCAGCGGCUCACCUCGGCACCUGUCGGGCGGAACAAGGUGCUGCUCAGCCUCAAGGACUGCGUCGGCUCCCGGGCUUACCGGGAGGACGACAUCACGGACCAGGCGGCGUACGUUUCAGCCUACUUCUACCCGGUGAAGCGGCGCUGGAUGAGCUCCGGUGUGUCGCGGCAGAGAGUGGAGCACUGCUACCGGCUCACCGCGCUGCAGGACCCGCGCGCUAACCUGGAGGUGGCGGAGAAGUGGGCUCGCGCUAUCCGAGAGCGCUCUGCACGGCAACGGUAUCUAGAGAGAGACGGGGUGAUGGUGAGCGAGCUGUCUCGUCCGAGCCGGAUGAUGCUGCUGGUGAACCCACAGAGCGGGAAAGGACAGGCGCUCACGCUCUACAACAACCACAUCCAGCGAAUGCUCAACGAGGCGGGAGUCACACACACGCUGGUCAUCACCGAGCGGCAGAACCACGCCCGAGAGCUGGUGAAGGAGGCGGACCUGUCGCAGUGGGACGCUUUAGUCAUCAUGUCCGGAGAUGGACUUCUGUUUGAGGUGAUAAAUGGUCUGCUGGAGAGACCAGACUGGGAGGAUGCCAUCCGGACCCCGCUGGGGAUCCUUCCUGGUGGAUCAGGCAACGCCUUGGCUGCAUCCGUACAUCACUACUCUGGAGCCUCGCCGGUGUACAGUGAGGAGCUCCUGGUCAGCUGUGGUUUCCUGCUCUGUCAACGACUCGUGGCCCACAUGGACCUGGUCUCCAUCCACCUACCCUCCAGCCCUCGUCUCUUCUCCUUCCUCUCGCUGGCCUGGGGCUUCGUGGCAGACGUCGACAUAGAGAGCGAGAAGUACCGUCACGUCGGAGCUGCCCGGUUCACUGUUGGCACGCUGGUGAGGCUGGCUUCUCUCCGCGUCUACAAGGGCAAGCUGGCCUACCUGCCCGCCACCGAGGACUACAGCGAGGAGGAGGAGGAGGAGGAAGGUUUGGGAAACAACCUGACACUGCAUUGCAACAAUCAGUCUUCCUCCUUGGCUCCGGCCUCUCAACCGUCCACAGACUCUCCCUGCCAGAACACCUUCCACAACUCCUGCCACUCCAACAACUCCCUCAAAGUGAGGAGGACGGAGAGCACGCCUUCUCGAAACGCCUCCAAGGCCCUGGCCGGCCCGCCCGACUCCCUGUUGCCACCUCUGGACCAGCAGCUGCCCAGCGACUGGGUGGUGGUGCAGGAGGAAGAAUUUGUCCUCAUGCUGGCCAUGUACCAGUCCCACCUGGCGGAGGACCUGAUGGCAGCACCAGGCGCCACCUCAGAUGACGGCGUCAUCCAUCUUUUCUACGUCAGAGCGGGGAUAUCCCGCGCCGCGCUGCUGAAGCUGUUCCUAGCUAUGGAGAAGGGUGCACAUCUGGCUACUAACUGUCAACAUCUGGUGCACGCUAAGGUGCGGGCGCUCAGGCUGGAGCCGUGUUCGCCCAAAGGGGUCAUAACAGUAGAUGGAGAAGUGGUAGAGUACGGGCCGCUGCAAGCUGAGGUACACAGAGGCCUGGGGAGAUUAAUCACUGGAUGAACAAACAUCGCUGCCAGCUUUCAUCUCCGCUGUUAAAGGCCCACUAGACACAUGUUCAAAUCAGAAAUGCACAGGUACAGGAGCAAAGAAAUGGAUGUAAGACUCGUUCACUGUUAUCUGCAAUGUUUUAGCCUCUCAUCGGUACACAGAAAACCCACGUUUCAGUAAAAAAUCAUAUGAUAUUACGACAAACAAGUGCCAUGUAUGGCGGUCCAAAGUGUUCAUUAUUAAAUAACUCAAUAUCAUGGGAAGGCGUAUAAAUAGCACAACAUUAUAAGGACAUUCGACGUGUAAUGAGAACGCAUUUUGCCCUUUUUACUUGUCAUUUUUACGCCAUGCAACAAAACCACAGUGACAGCCGCAGUUAGGUUUAGGAAAAACAUCAUGGUUGGGCUUAAAAUAAGAACGUAAACAUAACAACGUAACAGAAGUAUGGAAACAAAACGUCAAAAUACCUCAACAACACUUUGGGACACAAACAUCGGUCUCCUGCUUGAAAGCCCUGUGUUUGUUGGACCCAUCCACCUCCUUUCCCACCCACCAUAAGCAGUCUUUCUUACAUUUUUAUGCUACGUCACUAGCUCUGAGCGUAGCAUAUUUACACGGAUGCGUUUACAUUCUAGUCAGUCCAGACUACACGAUGUACAAAUGACCAAAAGCAAGAAAGACGUUUUUAUUGCACGUGAAAUGACUUGCGAUUACCGUGUCAGUCAAACACCAUUUCUGUGACGAGGCUGUAAAUAAAUGGUAAGACAUAAUCAUAUUCAUAAGACAAGAUACAUAAUAUAACCAUGAAAUUGAAACUGAUACUAAUACAUUUUUCAAAUUGUUCUUUCAUCCAGGCUUCUUUUCACAAUAAGAGUGUUUAUGACAGGUGUUUCUUAUUUCUAACUGUCCUUUUUACACGUUUGUUUUUUAUUUCACAACACAAUAUUUCACAAAGUCUUUCUGUCUAUCAAGACCAACAGGGCAGAUUAAAUUAUGAUAGAUAGAUAGAUAGGUAGAUUGGCUGCUGCUUUGCUCUGUUUAAGUGGAGAGACAAAAGACUUUAUGACAGAGCCUUCUGAAAUAAUUUUUUAUGGUGCGCACAAAAUAAAAGGACUUCAGAGGCUCUGUAUUUUUUUAACAACCUUUUGAAAAUGGACAUUUUCAAAUAAAAAAUGACCCAAAAUAAAAUAUCAUUGUGAAAAGAAACAGGAUGAAAUUUAACAAUAAUGCGCUGAGGUUUUAAAAAGCAUUGAAUUGUUUCACUAUUCCCGCCUCUAUUUAUUUAAUAUUGAACACUUUUGGCCUCCGUAGCCACGGUUGAGCUUUCUGUAGACACGUUAACAUCAGUUUACAGAUCCAAUUCAAACAGGCACACGUUUCAUCAUCUCACGAUGGAGUGUUUGGCCUCCAUGUGAAGUAAAUCCAUCUUUAUCCUCCAGUAUCUCAUCGUGUUUAUCGCUUCUCUGUGCUGAAGCUGACGUAUCAACCUGAAUUAUAGCUUCCUCUGCAACAGGAAAGGGUUGGAUUUAUGCCUUCAUGGCUCCUCUGCAGUACGUUGGAGACUGCCGUUGCAGCGGUUUUAACAGAGCUGAUCGGGCUUUGUGACUGUUUAUUGACCACAUAAGACCGCAUAGCAUGAAACAUCAGUAAAUAUAACUAUUCAUAUUUGAAGAGAGAAGAGAUUUGUAAUAUUAAAUGAUAACAGUAACAACAAAA